AUGCCACAAACACAAGACUUAUCGGAAAUUCUAAAAAAUGCUCCAUUAGACUUCACUCAUUACGAGGGUCUAUACAAGUAUUUCCACGCCCAUCCCGAACUAUCACAGCAAGAGAAGAGCACAUCUCAAAAGAUCGCAUCAUUUCUCGCUUCACUAGAUGCCUAUGAAAUCCACACAAAUAUCGGCGGCUAUGGCGUCGUAGGCGUCCUAAAAAAUGGCACCGGAAAAACCAUCCUUUUACGCGCUGAUAUGGAUGCACUCCCCGUCAAGGAACUUACAGGACUCCCCUAUGCAAGUUCGGUGACUAUGCGAGAUGCCGACGGUGUGGAAAAACCCGUUAUGCAUGCAUGCGGACAUGAUAUGCAUAUAACAUGUCUUCUUGCCGCCGCCGAACUUCUGGCGAGUAUACAGCAUGUCUGGAGCGGAACGUUGAUUGUUUUAUUUCAACCGGAUGAAGAGCGUGGUGGUGGUGCGCAGGCCAUGGUUGACGAUGGACUUUACGACAAGAUCCCUGUUCCGGAUUAUUGUUUUGGUCAGCAUGUGAUGCGUAUGCGGGCGGGGAGUGUUGGGUCACGGCCUGGAACGAUUAUGGCUGCUGCUGAUAGUCUUAAGAUUACGGUUUUUGGGCGUGGUGGGCAUGGGUCAUUGCCUCAUCAGACAGUUGAUCCUGCGCUUCUUGCUGCACAUAUUGUUGUGAGAUUGCAGAGUAUCGUGAGCAGGGAAAUUGACCCGAGUGACCUGGGAGUCGUAACUGUCGGAAGUCUGCAGGCCGGACAGACUGAGAAUAUCAUUGCGGAUCGCGCUGAGAUUGGGCUUGAUUUUAGGACUGUCAAGCUAGAGACUCGACAGAAAAUUAUAACUGCUAUUCGACGUAUAGUCGAGGCUGAGUGUAUGGCUAGCGGAUCGCCGAAACCACCAGUCUUCACGCCAACACGUCGCUUUCCACCGACUCUGAAUGAUACGGACGUGGCGUCUCGAUUAGCUGCUUCUUUUGAGAAACAUUUUGAAGAUUUUGAUGCCGAUACGCCGAGAACAAAUGUUAGCGAAGACUUUUCUACGCUGGGUACGAGCAAAGGUGUUCCAUGUUGUUUUUGGUUCAUUGGAGGUAUUGAUCCGGAACUCUGGGAUAGGGUUUUGAAAGCAGAGAAUCCCACAGAAGAGAUAGCGGGGAACCACUCGGCUCUAUUUGCUCCUGUUAUACAGCCGACCAUGAGAGUUGGGGUGGAUGCUCUUUCCCCUUUCCAAGCCACGAUGAGCACCUUUGGACAGUGGUCUGUCGACGCCUUAUAUCAACGUAAUCAACGUAAUUGGUCCAAUAUUAUCACCAAGACCUCGAUCCACGCUUCUCACAAUAUCGGUCUUUUCACCGCAUCAAGUUGA